CGCUUCCGGGGGAGGUGCUUCCGGCCGUUGCCAUGGAGACUGCCUAGUGAGAGUCGAGGUCACUUUGGGUCUCUAUCUAAUCCAUUUGCAAUGGAGAAGGAGGACAUGCUGGGCAAAGCGGCCCAACUGUGGACAAUGCUGGACGAUUUAGCCGAGAGCCACCCAGGAGAGUACCGCCAGUUCAUGCAGCAGCAAAUGAAGGAGGCCCAGCAGCACUUUGCCCCUCCGGAGCCCCAUCUCUGCCUGAAGGCUCACAGGAAGGACAAUACCACUGCAAAAACCUUGUUUGUUAAUAUCUGCGCGUGGAAUAGAGUCCCCGCUCCCCAAUCGGCGUGUGAACGGGUCCCACUAACCGCUGGAAAAAUGGAGGAGGUGUCUGAUAAAUCUGGGCCUUACAGCAUCAUCGAUGUUGCGUUCCAUCCAUCCGUUCUGGAGAAGGGAAGAAAUGACCCAAAAGAGAAGGACCAGUUGAUCCGCCUGUGCCUGAAGUACAUUGAGGAGCAUUACAGUGUCACUCUGUCCCCUUCCUACAGUACUUUGAAAUGUAAACUAAAAGGAAGCCUGGAAAGGAUGAGGCAGAGCUUGAGAAGAGAGCAGGUGCCAGCAGCAUUGUCCCCAAAAGAUAUGACGCUCAACCAGCUGAGGAACAUUGUAGAGGAGGAAGAGGAGAGGAAGGACUUCCUUCUUCUGAGGAAGGACCAGGCGCCCGCUAAAGCAGGGCUCCUCAUUGAAGAGAUUCCUUGCGCGGAAGAUCAGGGAUCCUUAAUGCUGGCCUAUGAAAUCUCCACCACGAAGGGCGCAAACGGGGAUCCAGUGAUCGAGCUGAGAGUGGAACUGCCCGAGGUGUGCAGUGUCUCCGAGUGCGACCUCCGCGUCUCCAAGGAUGACGUCCUGAUUGAAUGCCUCGACAAAUACAGGCUGUGCUUGGACCUUCCGGAAGUGGUGAACGAAGAAGCCACAGCAGCCACGUUUCACAAAAAGAAAGGUGUGCUGGUGAUCACGAUGCCUGUGCGUCCAAAGUGAAGUCGUGGCGUAUUAUGUAUAGAUCUCUCUCCCUCUACACAAGAUCCUGCACCCCUUCAUAUUAACUCUGAUGUGCCGUGCGGCAGGAAUUCCAAGUGCCCUUUGGACAAAAAUCCCUUCCGAAGUACAGAACUGAAAUCCAGCACUAACAUAAUGUCUUAAAACACUAUCUUUAACGUAUGAUUUCUGCUGCCCAUAGAAACGCGAUAAAGUAAUAAUUAAAACAAACUUCAUUGAGAUGCUAAAAAAGACAAUAAAGCUCUACUACUCUCAACUUUCUGCAUUUCAGCUGUGCUUUAUGGAG